UCCAAACUCCAAAGUGUCAUUAUUCAUUUUCCUUCCCUGAUGAACCUCAAAAACUGUCAAAUGUCAGCUGUCUAAAUUUUUUUUCGUAAAUAUUCCAGGUUAUGUGAUCAAAAUUACAAAACUCCACUCCAUAAAUGAGUUUUCCAACCAAAGACGAACGGGCAAAAUGCUGGAAAGCUCGCGAUGAUUUCUGGGCUUGCCUAGAUACUCAUGCCCCCGGUCAUCAAUCCACCAGUGGUGAAGCUGUUCCCAAACAAUGUGCCGACUUGAGGAAACUCUACGAAAAAUCCUGUCCGUCGCAAUGGGUCAAACACUUUGACCGAAAACGAACCUACGAACAAUUCAAGGAAAAAGUUAGCAAGGGCUUUGACCCGCUCGAACAAAAAGAGAAAUAA